UGUUUCGGUUAGUCGUAAAAAUCGGAGCUCGGCGUCACUCCUUUACAAUACGCGUUCAGUCUUCGGCACCAGUCGUUGCUAAACCAUCGUCUUGUGAACAUCUACGCGCAGUGUCACGAAACCAACAAGUUUAUCAUAUAAACGAAAAUGGCUUCUCUCACGAGACUCUCUAUCAUCAAGUUCUUAGAACUGCUAAUAGUAUGCGUCCUCAUAGGACUGCAUUACCAUUCCUUCAAAGCUGGAGUUGUGCACACUGCAAUGAUCACGAUGGGUACCUUUGGCGGUUAUCUAAUUAUUCUCGUGGGAUUAUUCGCUGGUAGCCUAAUGGGAACGCCAGUUAAUCGUCGCGUGGAUCUCUUUUUCGCUCUGAUUGGCUGCGCCCUGUUCAUCGUUGCUGGCGCUUUGAACAUCGAACUCUUCCAGAACAUGUACAGGAGCUCGUUCCGCGACACAGGACUCGCUAAAGGAUCCAUCAGCAUAAUCGAGGGGGCAAUAUUCCUCGUGGACGCGUUUCUCACGUUCCGAGGGGAGGCCUAAAAAUAAAAAAACAUUAUUUUUAAGUAAUAUACCACGAACCGCACAAACGUUAUUCGUUCUCAAUCAGUGCAAUCACAUUCCGCGAUAACAAGCUGGCGGACGUUUAAUUAAAAAAAAAAGUAAAUAUAAAUAUAUACUGCCAAAGAGGAGUUAAGAGGAAUUUUUUAAUAAUUUUAUCAGAUUCAUCGUCAUAAACAAAAACCGUUUUGAAGUUUGGAUACGAAAUUAAAUAGAUGAACAUGCUUUAAUUCGUUUCAUAAUUAUUUAUAAACGAACUAAUUUUAAUAUAGUGACCAGAACCACAGAUUUUAUUAAAUUGAUAAUUAAUAUUGUAUAAUAAUCAAUGUACAACUAUUUAUUGCUCUAGUAUAUCUUGGGAAUUGUGUCGGAUACGAAUAGUUUAGAGUUUUCAGAAUCGCAAACGUACGAGUACCUUUUUUCCAAAGAAUAUCUUUCCUGAAAUAUUUUUUCGAGUAAAUAUUGGACGAGAAAGUACAAAUAGUAUUUACAGCUUUUCAAGAGCGUAAUAUAGAAACUGUAUCGAAAUGUUUUUCUGGAAUGUGCGAUAGUUCCCCUCUAACGUAAGGCCAGUGAAAGUUAUAAUCGUUAUUAGUGCACAUAAAUUAAGCAACGAUCGCGCUCUACUCGUACACUGCAUAAAGACGAAACAACGGUUUUCGCGAAGAACUAACAUUUCUUUUUUUUUGUCUAUCGUGUCAUAUCGUAACUCGCUUCUCACGUUUAUCGCGAUUUAUUUGUUAAUUUAUACAUUUCUCAGUAUUUUAAGUUCGAAAGAUAAAUAUAUAAUAAAUGUAAUCAUCUAUUCCCUUUAGAUUUUUAUAAUUGCCUCGAAUAUUUUAUAACAGAAUAUUGUAAAUGUUAUCGUGCAAUAUAUGUACCUGCAUACAGUUACGCAAAAUAAAUCGUUCUCUUUAGUUUUUUAAA